UCCCAAACUUUUAUUUUUUGAAAUAUUUAAAACAACCACAAAUUCCGUAAUUAAAAGGAUCCUAUAAACAUGUCCAUCAUCAGUUUCGCCAUUACAACACUAACCAUCCAUAAUUUGGUUUAUAAAUAUUUCAACCAAGAAACCAUCACCAAAACCAGACAUGGCGGCAUCCACAGACCGAGCCACAUCUCUGAAAGAGUUCGAGGAGACCAAGGCCGGAGUCAAAGGCCUAGUUGACUCCGGCAUCACCUCCAUUCCCACCAUAUUCCACGACCCCAACAUCCACCUGUCAAUCCCGGCCGCCACUCACCUCUCAAUCCCCACCGUUGAUCUCUCCCUCCCGCGUCCCAUCGCCGUAGAUCACAUCCGAUCCGCAUGCCAAGACUGGGGCUUCUUCCAGCUCAUCAACCACGGCAUCCCUCUCUCCACCAUCGAGAAAACCAUCUCCGCUGUCCGAUCCUUCCACGAGCUCCCCGCUGCCGUCCGAUCUCAAUACUACACACGUGCCAUUCUGGGCAGCUUCAGCUACUUCUCAAACCAAGACUUGUUCUACUCCGAGGCGGCGAGUUGGAGAGACACUUUGUAUCUAAUUUUCGGUCCGGUCCGACCGGAACUAGAGCGGAUCCCGGAGGUUUGCAGGUCAGAGCUGGUGAAGUGGGACGAGAGUGUGAAGGAGGUGGCAAGGGAAGUGAUGGGGUUGAUGAGUGAGGGGCUCGGGUUGGACCCAAGAAGGCUGGAGGAGCUUUCAUGUCUUGAGGGAAGAGGGAUGGCUGGUCACUACUACCCACCUUGCCCGGAGCCUGAUCGGACGUUUGGCCUUGUUGAUCACACAGAUCCAGGGAUUUUAGCGGUUCUGAUUCAAGAUAAGAUUGGUGGGCUUCAAGUGAAAAGUAUGAGAGAUGAGUGCUGGGUUGAUGUGAAACCCAUCCCCGGAGCUCUCGUUUUCAACGUUGGUGACCUCCUCCAGAUUAUUUCUAACGAUGAAUAUAAGAGUGUACAACAUAGAGUGGUGGCUAAUUCUGAUAAAGAAUCAAGAGUAUCAAUUGCUACAUUCUUCACUCCUGGAAAAAGAGAAGAGUUUGAUAUAUAUGGUCCUUUGUUAGAACUAAUAUCAAUUGAAAAACCAGCUCGAUAUGCUAAUGUAAAGAUGAUAGAGUACCUUAAUGCCUUUUUAAACAAGAAGUUAAAGAGUAAAUCUCAACUAGAUCCGUAUAAGUUGCUUGGAAAAUGAUCAUUGUUUGCUGAGAUCAAAGAUGAGGUUAAUUGUGGUAAAAAUAAAUUAAUAUAAUGUAAUGAUCGACCACCCCCAAACUGAAACUUUUGUAAAUCUGUUUGAUAUAAUAAUAGAUAUUUCAAUGGCUCUUCUUCUAGAAUUUUUUGUAUUUUAGAAUGUUUGUGUAUGAGGUAUGCGCAAGCUAUGAAAUAUGGAAUGGUAUCUUUUCUACACUGGAGCUGAUCAUUGUAACACAUGAUACUGUAGCAUUGGGUUCGCAAAUAGUUUUAUAGCAAACAUAUUGCGGAGUGUGAACAGGACGUCGGCAGAGUAUUUUAUAUUAGUGUUCGGUCUUGAAUACUUUGUAAACAUUUUGAGUUUGAGUGUGUAUUUCUUGCUAAUGAAAAACUUGGAGAGUAUUUCUUAAAAAAUCAUGCAUUUGUGUGUAUCUCUCACAA